AUGCAAUAUACACACUUGAUACCCGGGAGCGCCCCAAGGCAAUAUUGUCGAGCCGCGCCUAGCCUCCAGGUCGUCUCCAUCAGACUGGCAGAAAUUCAAGGUGGUCUGGAAUGGCCGUUGCCAGUGUACGGCACGGUCGCUGCCCGAGACCAUGUGGAUCACAAUCGUAACCUUCUGUUUGCCCGCAACAGGAGUGAGUGCCAGAUACUCAAUGAAGAGGAUUCCUUUUUGACCUUGACUGGCCCCUCUCGUGCAAUUGUCAGCGAGGAAUCUGUUGUCCUGGAAAUCCAACUAAAAGUAAGAGGUAGAACCAAGUCUCAAGAUAUGCCACUGAUGAAUGGCGUGUGCAGUUACUACAGCAGAAGAGAAGGCCCCAUUUGCUUUAGGAACUGCUUUUGCACCGUAGAGUUAAGUUUGGAGGGACUUCAGAGAACAGUCCAGGCGACUAUUUUGGGCGUCCGUGUCAAAGAGGAGGGGUCAUGGCCUAAAGCAUUUGGAGGUCGAGUUGCUUGCUCAGUCACUGGACCUGACGCCAGUCCUCAGGAAAUUGAGCUGCUUGAUUCUCGUUAUACAGCCAUGCCGAUGACUUCUCAGGGUUACCUUGUUCUAUCAAGGAAUGUUGUCUCCGUAGACUAUCGUGGAAGCCUGAAUUUUGUCUUGGAAGCCUACUCAGAUUCCGGUAAUAAAGUUGCACAAAAAAAUGAGUCCUUCAAGCCCAAGUUUUCCAACAUAAGCAAGCAAACAUGUAAACUCACUGGAGGCAUUGAGUUGGAGAUCACUGUUGCAUGGUCCAGUCUGGUUUCUGAGAAGUGGGACAUCUCGGUACAAGGAUGUGUAUUAUUAUAA